AUAUAUAGAUUGACAGCAUCUACUUUAUCAAACGCAGUUUUAUUGUCAAAGAAUAUACAACAAAGUUGACAAUCAUAUAUACAUAUGCAUAUAUGUUUGUAUAUAUGUAUAUAUACGUACAUAUAUAUGUUUACCUUAUAGUCAUCAUCGUCAGUCGAUCAUGAAACUUCAAAGAUUUGAUUGAUAAUAUUAAAAAGUUUUAAUCAAAUCCUUUAAAAAUAAAUGUUGCUCGUAUCUAUAAAACAGAUCUAAUAGUGAUCAAAUUUUUUAUUACUUUCUUUAAAGGUUUCAGAAAUAAAAAUUGUUCCUCCCAACUAAUAUAGAGGUUAUGAAAUAUUUAAUUAGGUUUUUUUAUUGAUUGAUUCAAUUGACAUUUACAAAACUUGAACGCUCAAUAAUAAGUUUAUUAAGUAAAGAACAUUAAAUAUUUGUGAUAUGGCAUCGGCUUCAAGUACCAGUGCUCGUAGUUUAUUUGUAGAAUCUAAAACGCGACUUGCAGAUAGGGUGCAAGUAAAUAUUAACAAUAUAGCAUCACUAACAAGACAAAUUCAAAGAGGAUCCAAAAGUAAUGAAAUUUUGAUGAAUUCCGUUAGAAAUUUUGUACAGCAAGAUCAAGUUCUUCAUAAUGUAGAAGCAAAUCUUAAAAAACUCUCAUUAAUUACAACUCAUCUUGAAUAUCAACUUAAUGCUAUUGAUCAAAGUUCAGCAAAAUUAGAAGAAGUUACUGAACAAGUUCGAGCUAUGCAGCGAUAAAAAUUUCUAUCUAUCUGUUGCAGUAGUUGUGAGAUAUUUUUGUGAUAAAUUGCAUAAGAUUAAUCUAUUUUUCAAUGUAAAAGUAUAAUUUAAAAAUUUUAAAAAAGGCUUUACAUAUAAUUUUGGAUCAAUGUACAUAAAUAUUUAAUAGGUUGAGUAUCAUCGUACUUAUGUAUUGAAUUAAUGAAUUAUUUUAUAUAAUUUAAAAUUGUUCGAUUACUAAUAUAAAUACAUUGUUGUAUAUACUUUAAUAAAAAAGGUAACUAUUUGAUAAUUUCAUGAUACUUAAAGCAAUUAUAUCACCGUAUUUUUAUUAGUCUUCUACAGCACAGCAUUCAGCAUGGAAAAUCAAGUAAUUGACAGUGAAAAUGUCUCUGGUUUCACUGCUUAAUGAACAAAGCUCAUUGUCUAUUUAACUAGAAUACACUAUUUAGUAAAUAGUUCACAAUCUUGGAUAUAAUUUACAAAAAUGAUAUCGAAAUCACAUUCAGUUAGAUUUUCAAACUAAAAAAGUCAGAUAUUAUUUCAAGUUAUAUAGACAUCUAUCCUGGUAUUUUUUUAUUAUUAAGACUAUUAUUUUAUGAUUAAGGUUGAUCUGUAAUGUUUAUAAAAAAGAAUUUGUACACUCG